AUGGCCUGUUGCAAAGCAUCUAAGUAUCCGCAACUAAACCCAUUAUUUCGUUUAAACGCAAGUAGAAUUCUACCGCAAUUCUUCACAACUCCUGUGAGAAUGAAGACGUCUAUCCCAUCCGAAGUUUGGGAGAACAAACGCGCUGAGAUUGCAGCACUGUACAAGGAAGAAGAAUGGCCGUUGAAGCAAGUCAUCAAGAAAAUUCGGAGCGACGAUUUCAACCCGACUGAAACCCAACUCCGCAGUCGACUGAAGAAGUGGGGAGUUACCAAACCUUCGCGUCAAAAGAGGAAGAAGCAGAACGAUGGACCGACAGUAUGCCCUACCGUGAAACACCCGGGUCGACUCGAAUUGACCACUGUGAACGACCCGUCGGCCACUCAAGCGGCGUCCUUUUCCGAUAAGGUUGGUUGGAGUGAUCUCAAGGGAUGGAUGGUGCCAUCGGGAUAUACCAAACAUCACAUAUUAAAAGAUUCAACAAUUCUUGAAGCACACCGUGUUGCAGCAGAUUGGAUUUCGUCGAGUACCAUACCGAACGACAGGCAGCUUGGUAAUCAUACAAACCAUUCUUUCCAUCACCUUACAACUCCAUCCCCAUUGUCUUCGGUUCAUUCCUAUGGCCAUCCAAACCCCGUUACCAGCUCGACCGCCAAUAGCGCCAUUAAUGCGUCCAUAUCAUGCCAGACAGGUUUUGCAAAAUCCCCGAUUUCUGCGAGUGAUCCAUCUGCGAAAACGCUCCCUGGGGAGAGGCCAACACAGGCAAGUUCAGCGGCUUCAGAAAGCAAUCCCAUGACUCCAUGGAGCUACGUUGCUUCCGAUAUGACCCAGUCCUGCCCAUCCCAUCUCUUCCUCAUAGGUGACGGAGGCUCCGACUAUGCUGACAACGGCGAAACAAUCUCCAGCGAGCAAUGCACGCAUCCCUCCCCGGGACCAACAGCGAUGUCACCAAAUUCCGACGCAGAUUUGCUUCAGCUAGACCCUAAGAUUAAAGCUUGGAGACGCGCUGCCUCAGCGCAUGUCCGUCCAGACGGUAUCGGAAAAUCCAAAUCCCCCAGAGUCGAUAGCGUUCCUUUCGUACGACGACAACCCCAAAUGAAACGAAGAAAGGAAUUAUCCUUUAUGAGACAACAUGACUCAACAAUACAACCGCACUCAGAAAAGAAAGCUCUGACUGCUACUCCCACAAACACCUCGCUCAAGGUUCCAGAAACCAAUUCUGACUGUAAAAGCGCUCUGCCAUCGGUAAAUGAUAGUAACCAUGAAUAUACUGAAACAAAACCCACAGGGGAAAGUUAG